AUGCAGCGGAGAUUAAGCGGUCGAUGGCAGGGUUGGGGUAUAGGAGCAGGUUGUUGUGGUGGUAAUGGGUUUUUGCGGCGGUGGUCGGAGGAUUGGGAAGGUAGAUUUGAGAGGGUCCAAGAGAAAAAAGUCAAGAAAAUUUCUGAAAUGAAUGUAGAGCUUUCCAAAUUUGUUGGAAAUGGCAGUAUUGCCAGUUCAAUUCCAACAGAAGGAGCACCUUACAUAGGGAUAUCGAAGGAAGAAGGAUGUGAAGGUGGUGCAUUAACCAUACCCCUGGUUGGAGGACUGGACAACCAACUGACCUGGGUUCUUGAGAGUGCUCGUCAGUUCUAG